CAAAGCAUACUGGUUCAGUCGGUGAUAAAGGGAACAUAAUAAAUUGUCGAUAAUUUUUGUUUGGCAUUUAUGGAAUUUUCUACAAGAUAAUAAAUGUGUCUCCUAACUUGGGUGUAGCAGAAAAUGCAGACCAAUACGAAUUUAUUAUAGUACUACAUUUUAUAUAGUGACCGAAAAAAAUUUCUAUGAAAUGAUUAGUGUACCAAAUGAGUAUAAUUGUAUCGUAGACGUGUGAUUCCAGUAACCGUCUGCGAGUUGUAUACUUAUGUGCGUAGAAUUUAGAAAUGGCAACUGGAGGUAGUAGUUUUAUAAGUAAACCAGCCAGAGGAUGGUUACACCCUGAUCAUUUAGUGAGCAAAGAAGGAAUUACCUAUACUGUUAAAUAUAUAGGAUGUCUUGAAGUAUACACAUCUAUGAAAAGCUUAGAUUUUGAAACAAGAUCAUGUGUUGCCAAAGAAUGUAUAAACAGAGUUUGUGAGGCAGCUGGUUUAAAAUCUGCAGAUAAAAAGAGAAGGGUGGAUAGGAAAGUGUUAAGAGCAAUAGCAGAUAAACCUCGCAUGGAGCAUACAGGUGCUACGAUAAAUUUAACUAUUAGUAGCUGUAGCUUAGCUUUGACUAACAUAGAGACUGGACAUACUAUUGCCAAACAUGAAAUGCCACGUAUAUCUUUUGCUUCAGGUGGAGAUACGGAAAUAUUAGACUUUGUAGCAUAUGUUGCUAAAAAUAUGCAAGAAUGGCGUGCUUGUUAUGUAUUAGAGUGUGGAGGAGGACUUGCACAAGAUGUCAUAUCUACUAUUGGACAAGCUUUUGAAUUACGAUUUAAAGAAUUUCUUACAAAACCAGCUUCAUUACACCCUAUGUUAAAUGGCAUGCGAGAAGCAGAUAGAGAUUAUUAUAAUGAUCUACCAGGGAAAGUACCACCUGAUAUUGGCCCUCCACCAGUUCCACCAUUACCAAUUUCGGCAUCAACACUACCUAAUUUAAAACAUCAUCAUUCUACUCAAAAUCAUGUGUCACGUAGCAAUGUACAAAAUUCUGCUUUACAUGACACAUUUUCCAUAAAUUCUGAUAGACAUCAUCAACAAUGGGCAGAAAGUGAUAACUUAAUUGACUUGAAUUCUGAUGGAACAUCAACGAAUUUCAAUAUUCCUCCUGAACAUAACUAUGUAAAUGACAGUGUCAUAGCAGCUACAAGAGAAAGUCAUCGUGACCAAACAUCACUUUUUGAUGUGUUUGAUAUGCAGCCAUUUAGUUCUGCAAUAUCAGAUUUGAAUAGAUUAAGCCCCCAUUCUCAAAAGCAACAAUUAAAACAAGAGAUAUGGUUCCAUGGUAGUGUUAGUCGUGCUGAAGCAGAAUCAAUGUUAACGAGGGAUGGUGACUUUUUGGUUCGAGAAUCUCAAGGCUCGCCUGGACAAUAUGUCCUUACUGGUAUGAACAAUGGUACUCCUAAACAUUUACUGUUAAUUGAUCCAGAAGGCGUAGUUCGCACAAAAGACCGCGUUUUCGAUAGCGUUAGCCAUUUAGUAAAUCAUCAUUGUGACAAUGUGUUACCAAUUAUAUCAGCAGACAGUGUUUUAGUACUUCGGUAUCCAAUCCCCAGACGUGCAAAUAAUUGAUUUUUGCAAACUUAUAAUAGUGCACAAAGUAACGAAUGAGAUUCACAUUUGGUAUCGAUCAAUCUCACUAGUAUUUACUAAAAAAAUUCGAUACUGAAUAUGCUUUUCAUAGCAAAAAUUUCAUGCCAUGAAUACUUUUCUUUGAAAGAGGAGAGGGUUUAUCCUAAUUUUACGUUCUAUUCUUAUCAAAAGAAAGACUUAAUAUUUCACGAAAUAUAAUCCUAUAAUUAUUAGUAAUAUCACCGUGCAGAGAGGUGUUGAAUCAUACUCAAAAUUAAAGAAGUUAUUAUUAGAUGUUAAAUUAUGAUGAUUAGUGUGUAAAAGAUUUUAUCAAAGUAUUUUUAUGUAUCAAUUUUUUUGUAAAAAGAGGUAUAUGUAUAAAAAAUGGUAGUAUUUACA